GCUAGUUUGCCAAAUAUUGCUUUUCGGCAUGUGUUUGUGAAAUAAAAAGAAACUCAAAUUAAUCUCUUUUCUUUUAACAUGACCGGUGAUUACCUCCCUUGGCCUGUGUCCGAUUCAGAAUCCAUCAUUGAUUACAACCAUGGAUGAGCAUGAACCUCGCAUGAAUGUGAGUGGACAGACAUUUACUAUCAAAUAAUUGCUCCACAGAGAUGUUAUCAAUGAAUUCGGCUAAUUUACAGAGCCAUUUCCCCCCCUGAAGUUUGGAGAAAUGCAGUUUCAUCUUCACCUGGGAAACACAAGUGAAAGAACCUGUAAAGUGCUUGGUAGGGGACCAGAAACAGAAGGUGCAGCACCAGGCAUGUGGGACAACUUGUGACAUUAAGCAGUUGGAAAGGCAUGGAAUAUCAUCAUUUAAGAAACAUGGAAUCAUGGGAAAGAACACAGCACUUAGUAGACAUAUGGGCCUUGAUUAAUGCUAAAAUCAUCAUUACAUUCUCUUAACCCUUGCUUUGGCUAUGCAAAACAUGAGGCCCCAGAUGAGUAGUUUUGACAAAUCUUCAAGUUGCAGCAAAAUAUUGGCUGCUGGCCUCUGGAGUGUGUAUAAAAUGGUACAAGUGAUUGACAGACUAAACUUUAGCCAACGUUUUCAAGCCCUUAGUUUCUUGUAGUAAAGUUGAAUUUAAGAGAUCAUUAUGCAUAACAAACCCUGAUUUUGUUGGUGUAAUCCAAAACAAAAGAUCUGAUUAUGUAAUUCUGCUUGUGGUCAUGAUGAAAAGUCAUUUUGAUAAUAGACUUUCUCAACACUCGUUGCUUUCAUGCUGAACUUUUUUCUAGUGAGCCCCAUUUAUUCUACCUUUUAUAGUCCAGACAUUGUAGCUCUUUACAUCUUUUUCCAGGUAUCAAAGAGAGGGAAAGGUGUAAACGAUCUCAGAGAGGGAAAGAAAUGGGCAAUUACAGGUUUAGAUUGUCAGAUAUGAUACCAAAUGCCUGGUUUUACAAGCUCAAGGACAUGAGCAAAGGCAGAAAGCAAUACACCUCUCAAGCUUUCAAGAAAAAACCACCCCCAGGAAAUGUAACAUCACAAAAACCCAACAUUUCUCAUCAAAGAUACUCUUAUUGCUUCACCACAGAACCUGGAAGAGCUGAGAAAUUCCAUUUCAAUUCACCUGUAAAUUCAAAAGCCUCAGAUACUCACUUUCCUGAUCUACCAAGAAAAUCAUCCAAUAAAAGAAACAAAAGAAAAACCAUUUACAAGCCUUCUCCAAAACUGGUCUCCACAUUCUCUGCUGAUUGUAGCUGUCGCGUAACGGUUAACUCAAACCUGACCAAGUCAAUUCCAGGUGAUUCACCUGACUACUCUAGCUCUCCUGCUGAGAGCUCCUAUGAUGAGCUUGACUUCUUAUCAGAAUCUGAUGAAGAUGACGGUUUUCUUGUUCCUGAUUCAAUUGAUCAUCAAUUAUCAUCCUGGUCUAGCUCUUGUAACUGUAAUGUUAGCUCUUCAACCGCUGACAUUAUCAUUGACAUGAAUGAAGAAUCCUAUGAAAGGAAAAUCAAGGAGGUUGAAGGGUUUGGCAGGAUCCCCGAGCUAGAGCUUCCUCGAAUAUUGACCAAGCCAGCAAAAUUUAACGACAAGGAAACUGAAGUUACUCAGUUCAGAAGAAGUUCAUCUAAAUUGGAAGGGGUAAAAGCACAUAGGUCUCUCUCUGUCAAGAUUGUCAAUGAGAGAAGCAUUAGGACUCGUAAAGAGCAAAAGAACAAUCCUCCUACAAGAAAAUCCUCAGCGAAUUCGACAGGGAUAAAACUCCGAGCUAAUACUCCAAGAAUUGCAAGCAGGAAAAUCCAGACUUGUGCUCGAAAAGGUGUGUCAUUUUCAAGAAACAAGACGCUUUCAGAGAGCUUCGCAGUGGUUAUGUCCUCAGUUGAUCCACAGAGGGACUUCAAGGAUUCAAUGGUGGAGAUGAUUGUGGAGAACAAUAUCCAGGAUUCAAAGGAUUUGGAAGAACUUCUUGCUUGUUACCUUUCACUCAAUUCAAAAAAAUAUCAUGAUUUCAUUAUCAAGGCAUUUGAGCAAAUCUGGUUUGACAUGACUGACCUUCACUUGUAAUUGUAAAAUCUUGUUAGAUUAUCAGAUGCAUGAAUAAUAUGAUCUUGUAAAUGUUACAACUUGAAUGAAAAUUUCUAUCUUUUCUUACAA